AUGUCGAUAAGUCAUAUCCAUGGCGUCCAGUACACUCCGUCAACCGUGUCGAAUGCACCGCGUAUCAAAGCUGAAGACCUGGAAACCUUGGGCAUAGCCUACGUUUGCCUGACAUGGAUGGAUCUCACCAGCCUCGUUAGAUACCGCGUUAUCCCAGUUUCCUAUUUCCUCAAGAUGCUUCAGUCGCCUCGCCCGGGCGCAGCUGUAGGCAAGUGUGCCCUGGGUAUGGUGAACGGGAGUAUCGCAGAAGAUUUCAAUUUGAUGGGCGAAUACCUAUACGUGAUCGACCCCAUGACACUCAGAUUGUGUCCAUACGAAGGCAUCGCUAGCAAAGCUCCAGUUCUAGGUCCAGACGGCCAUCUCACUCUUGAAGUUGAACUCUGCCCUAGGACGACCCUCCAUCGUGUUGUCGAACGUGCGAGAGAGGAAGCCGGUGUAGAAUUUCUUGUUGGAUUCGAGACUGAGUUUAUUCUGUUGAAAUCGACGAACCCAAUCGAAGCCGUUAGCUAUCAUGAUUACAGUGCCUCCAAUGGCUUACCGACGGGAAGCGUCGAGUCACGGGUCCUCCGCGAGAUUUCCGACUUUUUAAUCAAGGCUGGGAUCGAGGUAACACUUUACCAUCCUGAAGGCGCUCCCGGUCAGUACGAAAUCGUGACCGGACCUUUACUUCCUUUAGAAGCCGCUGACGCGCUUAUCCACACUCGAGAGACCUAUCAUAAACGUCGCCGUGAAGCAUGGACUGAAAGCCACGUUCGCCCCCGUGUCUACAUGAGUAGCCCAGGUAGUGCAGCACAUACUCACAUUUCCCCCGUUGACGUCCUCUCUGCCGUAGAAUCAUCCUUCAUAGCUGGGGUCCUCAAGCACCUUCCUGCCAUGACGGCUGUUACACUUCCACACUCCAGCGUCGUACAAGCAUCUUCCGUUUUCCUCGACGGUACCGGUAAUCCACACCUAGCGCUUGCUCUGAUUUUGGCAUCUGGCACAGCUGCUAUUUUGGAUCAUGAAGAGCUGAUGGUAGAGGAUUGUCCUGGACCACAGAGCGCCGCGCAAUUAAGUGCGACUGAGCGCGAAGCUCUUGGGAUUACCGAACGGGUGCCCUUGGAUUGGAAUUCUGCCAGAGCGAACUUCACGUCUUCAGCCAUCGUGGAUAAAACGUUUGGACCGGAAUUGAAGGUUAAGUACCUAUCUGUUAACAAGGUAGGUUCGACCUUCAUUCGAAGUUGUAGUUGACAUAUUUUUCCUACUUAGUUACUUAGAGAUACGCUAGAACAAGAUGACACGGAUGGAACGUCUAACUCGCAUCAUGAAGUUCUACUGACCAGAGAAACAUUGGGUGUCGGUCCAAAGUUCCCAUACCAGCCAUAAAGCAUAGAUAAUGAAUGAUACUCAUUUGCAGCAGGAUUAUUGAGACCUGGGACUCGGGAGGUGUACGACGAUUUUCAUUGCAAACAAUUAUCUGUACAAAUGUAUGGUAACCUUCAAUUCUUGAAAAAGGGAAACUACAUGUACCCAAAGUCCUACGAUAGUUAGGUACACCAUAAUCAUUUAGAAACCUGCAGACCGUGGGAGUAAGUUGUCUUUACGGG